AAAAUAAAACAUUUAGAUGUAAUAGAAAAUAGUAGUUCAUGUCUCGACAUUUUUUGUCUAAAAAAAUCAAAGUCUGCGCGGAUAUUUGAGGAAAUUGAAGAAAUUGAAGGGAAUUUUGUAAGACGUCCGUUAUUUAUAAAUGAACAACCGAAAGAUCAAUGUGAAAAUGAUGAAAGGGAAUUUGAUAAAGUAGUAAAAAUUAAUGGAAUUGAAUACAAUUACACAGAUGAAAAAGAGCUAGAAGAAAGUAAAAGCAAAGAGGGAGGAAUUAUUCCUGAAGGAAAAGCUAAGGUUGUUUAUAAGGGGUUGGGUUCUUUGGAAAAUCUUUGGAGGUCCUUUGAGAAUCCCAGGUUCUUGAUUAGGUUUGGUUCCUAAACGAGGUGUAUCGCGGGAAAAGUCAUUCAAUCCGUCUUCCCCAGCAGCAGAAAAUUGAAACCAUGUGAAGGUCACAACAACAUGUUAUAUGUAGACUUAUUGUAGCAGGUCAUACAUAUAAUCGAGAAAUAAUUUUUUAAAUUUUUGACCACAAACUUUUAAAAAAACAUUUCAAAAAUGUGUGUUUUCCUUGGUAUAAAAUUCUCGACAUUAUACUUAGAUCGAGAGGAAUCAAAUAGUAUAUAAUAUUACCUAGUUUUGAAAUUGUCUCCAAUAUACAUAUAAAAUAAUCUUUAGUUUAACCAAUUUCUAGAUAUUUACUGGUAAAUCGUUUACUAACGGAAAAGUAUAUUGUGUUAUUUUGAAAGUUUUUGAUAGCCAAAAAAUGAAUGAAUACAAAAAUGAAAAGAAAAUUUUAAUGAAAAUAAAAUCUGAAAUUCAAAAAAAUAAAGUUAAAAAUUCAAAAAUAAUUGAGCUUUAUAAUUAUGGAGAAUGGAAAGUUUUUUCUAAUGAAGAGGAGGAAGAAGUUACUAAUUAUGUACUUGUUCUUGAAUAUGGAGGAAAACCUUUUGAUUCUUAUUGGAAAGAUCUUGUAAAAGACGAUAAAACUGAACAAAAACUUGUCCCUCAAGCUAAGAAUAUUGUUAAACAGACAGCAGAAAUUUUAAAGGAAUUACAUAGCUAUAAUGUUCUUCAUUUGGACCUAAAACCACAAAAUUUGGUCUAUAUUGAAGGAAAUGAAGACGAAAUAAAUUUAAAAUUGGUUGAUUUUGGUAUUUCUAAAAUUCUUGAUGAAAAUGAAGUUAAAAAGAAAUGCUUCUUUAAAUGGGAUAAAAAUGAGUGCCGCUCAAAUUUAAUAGUUAAAGGAAAAGGCCUGUCUGGAACGCCUCAAUUCAUGAGUUUUGAACAAUACAAGAUUGAUAACUAUGAAAAAGUUGAUCUAUCUCAAAAGUCUGAUAUUUGGUCAUUUGGUGUUUUGACGUUUUAUUUGUUAAGUCAAGCAGUUUAUAGAGGAACCUCGUACUCUUAUCCGUUUAUGACAGAGAUUAAGGAAGGAACUCCUAUUAAUUUGCAACUAGAAAACAUCAGAACUGCUAUCAAUCUUACACAUAGACACACACUAAUGAAGGGACAAAGAAAUUUGGGAGAUCCAGCUCAUGCAAAAAUUUGCAAACAAUUUGACAACCUUGUUAACAAAUGUUUGGAUAAAGAAGCAAAAAAGAGACCAAAUGCAAAAAAGUUAAUAGAUGAACUGAACAAGUUGGGGAACUGAAAACAAAAUUUUGGAAGGACUGAUUUGUACAUGUGUAGAUUUUUAAAAAUGUUUUUUAACGAUUUUAUAGCAACAGAGAAUUUUAAC